AAUCAUCUCUUGAUCGUUCCGUAUAUGAACAUCAGAAACAGAAAUAGUUAAACAAAAUCGUAGUUUUAUAUGUAAUUAUAAAUACUUGAACAAAUCAGCUAAAAGGAGAAAUAGAUCAUUAUUAAAGAGAAUUAAAAACAAAAUAACUUCAAGGGAGACCGACGUUUUCCUACGACGUAUUCCAGGUCCAUCUCCUUCUUCAGUGUUGUUUCCCUUGUGAGGUCAUGACCUGGUACAAACACAACUCAAGGGCCACUGUCGUGCUGCUUUUCCUGUUCUGUGUUACGCCACAGCUCGCCACUGCCAGUCCAUUAACUGAACAGAGACUGAGCGAUGACCUAGGUGACACCCCUCCGCCUUCAGAGAUUCCCCAGCUGGAUGGGGCAGAAAACGCAAAGGUGCCAGAAGUGACACAGGCAGAGACUGGGCUUACUGAGAUGAGUCCUGAGGAUGAGGAUGAGCUUUUUAAAGACGUGGAUCCCAAAACCCUAGCUGCUGUUCUUCUCCAAGCCCUCAACCGCCCAGGAGAUGAGAAGAAGAGCAGCAGGUUGGAAGAGAGGGCGGAGGGAAAGGAGAAUGAGAAAGGAGAGGAGGAGGCACCUCAGGGGGGGGGCAGGGACCGUGAUGGGCGGCAAGAGCUGGAGCUGGUGAUGGCUGCUGCAGCAGCGGAGAACAAAGAGGCACAAGAAAAAGAGAAGGAGAGAAAGAGAGAGGAGGAGGAACGGCUGACAGAGAAGGUGAAAAGUAGGACCACCAGUCAGACCAUGCCGGUGAAAGACCAAUCUGAGCAGGAAGUUCUAAAAGAACCAGAAACAAAAGAGGAAGAACAGCUCAGUUCCCAAGAAAUGAAGAAGCUGCAGACCAUGCUGGAGGAGCUCCAUCACUUCAGCACCACCACCAAAAGAGAGUGGGACUCGGUAGGCCAGAGGGAAAGCCGUGGGUCCUACACAAACACGGACAAAGACUUUUUGAAUAACGACAUUGAUAUAAAGCCAAAGGGAUAUAAGCUAGCUAUGUCAAAAAAGAAAAUUAAAUGGCAAGAAGAACAGCAAAAACAAAAGCAGCCCUUCUACAAGGGUGGAAACUUUAUGGAUGACUUUGAUAUUCAGACUAACAGUCAGGAAGAAGGAGACAAGGAGCAGGAGGAGGAGUUAUUGAGCCCAGAGGAAGAGGAGGCACGGGCCAAAGCGGAGCAGGAGGAAGUCAGAAGGCAGGCCGCAGAAGCUCAGAGAGCAAAGGCUGAGGAGGAAAAACUGGCUGAUAUUGCGUCUGACAUGCUGCUACAGUACAUGGUUAAACCAGACGUGAAGCAGAACCAGGACCAGGCUAAGAAAGCCUUUCUUGGGAAUAAUGUAGCAGAAGAUAAGCGCUCAGAUGAAGAGGACAACAGUAAUGAUGAGGAUGACAUUGACCCUCAGACUAUCGACAAGCUAAUAGAGAUUUCAAGUAAGCUGCACCUGCCUGCUGAUGAUGUCGUUGACAUCAUCAGCGAUGUAGAAAGGAAGAAGAAAAAGGAUGCCCCUGAAAACCUACCAUGGUAUCGUCCACUCGCCCCUCCGCCAGUCCCUGCUCCUGCCCCUUCCCCUCUAAAUCCUGCCCCUAAGCAACCCACUCAGCUCAACCGGCCUUCCAAGCCGUGGUUGCAGGAAAAGUUUCCAGUCAAGCAAAUCAAACAAGAUUUUGGGCCCAAGCCUCAGAAGCAAAUUUGGACCUACCCUUCUAAUAAGUUUUAUCAAAAGCCCCUCCGUGGCUAUUACCCAAUCUAUUUCCCACCUCCCAAGCCAAAACCUCGCUACUAUGUAAAGCCUGCAUUUUCUUUUAAUAAUGUUUUGGGAGGCUCUAUGGAUUAUGGUUUUGACUUUUCCCCAAAACAAAAGUUGCGAUCCUGGGCCCAACCGGCUCUCAGACGGAAUUUUUACCUUCCCAAGUACGUUUUCCCCAAUCCCCGGACAUUCAAGCAAGUGCCAAUGCCCAAACCUCGGUCACCUCCUCGCCGGCGUCCACCUUUCUAUGACCCACCAGCAACUCCCAUGAUUCUCCGAGAUGAAGACUACUACAGCCCAGUGGGGCAACUGGCUAAAAGCGACCAGAAUCUGGAAAACUUUAUUCAGAAGGUCUUCCUGAAGCGGCCUAGACUGUUUCAGUGAAGGCCAGUAAAGCAGGAUUUGUUGAAUAAAGAAGAGAAGAAGGAAGAAGUUAGUGAUAGAGAAUCAUAGAAAGAUUGCAUUUCUGUUUCCUCCAUUUUGAUUUGUCAGAAGCAAGAAGGGUCUACAUCAGGGGUGGCCAAUCUUAGCCGCAAAGGGCCGGUGUGAAUGCAGGUUUUUGGGAUAACCUUUAGGUCAGCUGUUCAAACCCAGGUGUGAGGACUUUUCAACCAAUCAGUCCUCUAAUUAGUAAUCUAAUUAGGGAGUUGCAGCAAAAACCCACAUACACAGCGGCCCUUUCUGGAUAAGAUUGCCCAUCCCUGGUCUACAUUCUCUAAUUCAGUUUGAUUUGGUCACAGAAUGUAGGAUUUGUGAGUUCAUUUAAUGGUGUCCUGGGCAGUUCACAACUGAAUUACUAAGACACAAGCCAAAAUAUGGCAGCGCCCCUGCCAAAACUGCACAUCUUAUAAAAUAUAUAGAGUAAACAAUUAAAAGGCAGUAAAACAUCAUAGUAUAACAGGGUUCCAGAGUUAUGCACAAAGAACUUCAAAACCAAAACCACUUUGAUUACUUCUUUUAACAUAUGUACUGUAUAUCUUUCAUCUAUUUCAUCAAUAUCAGUCUGUGGCAGCUUUUAAAUCACAAACAAAGCCUUAUUUUUUUCUUCCAUGGUGGUCUUUGUUUUGGAAGUUGAAGUUUAAUUAUCUUAAUUUAUUUCACAUUUUGGAAAAGUAUACAUACAUUGGAUUGCAUUGCAGUGUUACAUGUUUAAAACAAAUUACAAUCACAAAGCCAGAACACUUAAAAAUUGAUAAUCAAGGUGCCAAAUUGCCAAACAAAUAAAUACAUACUUCCCAUACAUAUACACUGUAUGUUUCCAGUACCUGUUAAAAAGUCAACCAGUUCAUUUUUGAUCCUUUAUUGUGUUUUUCUUCACAAAUCAUGAUCUUAUUGCAUUGUUAAAUGUAUUGCCUGUAUUACUAGUGAUUUCAAUAUUUUUUCAGUUUAUAUGUACUUCAUGAAAGAAGAAUUUCAUAUAUAUAUAAUAUAUAUAUAUAUAUGUGUGUGUGUGUGUGUGUGUGUGUGUGUGUCUGUGUGUGUAACACAUAUUAGGGGGCUGAUUGCUUUAAUGCCAGUUAUUAUACACAAAUGAUUGCCUUAUCAAAACAUAAUCCUUACUUUUGUUAUAGAAAUUUUGUCUAUAUCCAGCUGUUCAAAGAUCACCUGUGCAAAUGCUACUUCAAAAACCUAAAGGUCUCAUUAUGUUCCUAAACCGAUAAAUUGAUUUAUUUUCAAUUUAUCCUGCCUGGAAAAUGACUUUCCAUUUUUGUCUGCCUACUUGUCAUCCCUCAUCCACAUGUCACAUGACCAAAACAAGACGCCUAAUUGAAAAACUGUAUGAUCUGGCCACAAGCGUUCCACUGAAAUAUUUUUAUUUUGAGCAAACAUGAAGAAGAAAACAAACUGCCGAUAUGAGCUGUGACUCAUUCAGUUCCUUCGCUGCAGUUAGUUGAUUCUGGAAUCCCUCCAGGCCAACAAGAUAUCAUUGACUGAUGAAAACUGAUGAAAGAGGACACGUUUGUUCCCUCAUCUACCAACUCUUUCACACAAGUGCCCAAAUCUGGGUUCUCUCAGCUACGUUAUCUUUCUACAUUGUAGAGGAAGAUCCAAAAGGGGAGUCAGAAAAUGGGACAUUCUUUAAUUUGACGUUUUUUUAAGAGGAAAAAAGGGAGAGUGUGUUUAAAAAAGGAAAAGGGGCGUCAAAACAGAUUAGUCUGCACGUUGAUGUGUACCUUGCAUCUCUUUUUAAAAAUGUUGCUUCUCUGAAUACAUUAUGAGCAUUGAAAAAAAUCUAAAAAAAUAAUUACAUUUAUUAGCGUAUGAAGUAAAUCUGUUCAGUCAUGUAUAAAGGAAAUUUGUCGUUGAUGCUAUUUCUAGAUGUACCUUGUAUUUACCGUAAUAAACAUGCGUUUGCUGGAUGUAAAUAA